GAAACCCCGACAGUCGGCAUUCUAUUUCUCUGCGUUAAUAAAUCUUUUCCUUUCCCUCUCUUUUCUUCCCUCUGACUUACUGCCUAUCCCCUCCUUCUCUUCCCUCGAACCAGGAAGAGAGAGAAAUGGAAUCAAGAAGAGAAAGAGCAUUCUCUCGAACCAAACACAAGAAAGUUGACAUAACCUCAAUCCUACGAAAAUCAUGGUACCAUUUAAGGUUGUCGGUCAGGCAUCCUUCCAGAGUCCCUACAUGGGAUGCUAUUGUCCUAACUGCUGCUAGCCCUGAACAAGCCCAGUUAUAUGAAUGGCAGCUUAACCGAGCCAAGCGUAUGGGCCGGAUCGCUAGCUCUACUAUCACGUUAGCUGUGCCUGAUCCCGAUGCUAAGCGGAUCGGCUCCGGUGCUGCCACUCUCAAUGCCAUUUUUGCCCUUGGCAGACAUUAUCAGUCUCUCGGUCUCCAUCUUGGCGAACAGGUGGAAACAACAGAGAAUGGCAGUUCUGGAUCAAGUGUGCCGCAUGAAGAGUCUAAUAGUGCAGAUUCUACUGAGCCAAUGGUUAGGUUUAUGGAAAAAAAACACAUACUAUUGCUUCAUGCUGGAGGUGACUCUAAAAGGGUACCAUGGGCAAACCCUAUGGGGAAAAUUUUCCUACCACUUCCAUUUUUGGCAGCAGAUGACCCUGAUGGGCCAGUUCCGCUGCUUUUUGACCAUAUUCUUGCAAUUGCUUCUUGUGCAAGACAAGCAUUUAAAAAUGAAGGAGGAAUAUUGACCAUGACUGGGGAUGUCCUUCCAUGUUUUGAUGCAUCCACCUUGGUUAUUCCAGAGGAUGCAUCCUGCAUUAUUACUGUGCCCAUUACUCUUGAUGUUGCAUCUAAUCAUGGUGUUAUUGUGGCAUCUGAUACUGGUAUUCUCACUGAAAGCUAUACAGUCAGUCUAGUUGACAAUCUCCUACAGAAACCCAGUCUAGAGGAACUUGUUGAGAAUGAAGCUAUAUUAGAUGAUGGUAGAACAUUGCUGGACACUGGAAUAAUAGCAGCCAGAGGCAAAGCAUGGGCAGAACUUGCCAUGCUUGCAUCAUCCUGUGAACCAAUGAUUGAAGAGCUUUUGAAGAGCAGAAAAGAGAUGAGUUUGUAUGAAGAUCUGGUAGCAGCUUGGGUACCUGCCAAACAUGACUGGCUGAGAGCACGCCCUCUAGGCGAGGAAAUGGUCAGGAGUUUGGGCAGGCAAAAUAUGUUUAGUUACUGUGCAUAUGAUUUGUUGUUCCUACACCUUGGAACUUCAAGUGAAGUAUUGGAUCACUUAAGUGGAGCUAGCUCAGAACUUGUUGGCCGAAGACAUUUGUGUUCCAUCCCAGCCACAACUUCAUCUGAUAUUGCAGCAUCUGCUGUAGUCCUUUCUAGCAAAAUUGAACCUGGUGUUUCUGUUGGUGAAGAUUCUCUUAUAUAUGAUUCAUUCAUUUCCAGUGGAAUACAAAUUGGUUCCCUAUCGGUGGUUGUUGGCGUUAAUGUCCCAAGAGAUAUUGGUGGGAUGGCAGAUGAUUCAUUUAGGUUCAUGCUUCCAGAUCGUCAUUGUCUUUGGGAGGUUCCUUUAGUGGGAUGCACGGAAAGAGUAAUAGUGUAUUGUGGCCUUCAUGAUAAUCCAAAAAGUUCCCUUUCCAGGGAUGGGACCUUUUGUGGGAAACCCUGGAAGAAAGUCUUGCUUGAUUUAGGUAUUCAAGAGAGUGAUCUGUGGAGUUCAGUAGGUGUUCAAGAGAAUUGUUUAUGGAAUGCAAAAUUAUUCCCCAUUCUUUCUUACUUAGAGAUGCUUCAUCUGGCAUCAUGGCUGAUGGGGUUGAGUGAUCAAAAUUCAAGAACCUUGCUUCCCUUGUGGAAAAGUUCACGCCGUGUCAGUUUAGAGGAAUUGCAUAGAUCAAUUGACUUUCUGAAAAUGUGUACGGGCUCAAGUAAUCAUCAAGCAGAUCUUGCUGCUGGAAUCGCUAAAGCUUGCAUUAACUAUGGCAUGCUUGGACGGAAUUUAUCUCAACUAUGCCAAGAAAUUUUACAGAAGGAGGCUUCUGGAGUCAAAAUAUGUGAGGACUUCCUAGAACUUUGUCCCAAACUGGAGGAGCAGAAUUCUAAAAUUCUCCCCAGAAGCAGGGCAUACCAGGUGCAAGUUGAUCUUCUUCGAGCAUGUGGAGAUGAAACAACUGCAUGUCAUUUAGAACAUAAAGUUUGGGCUGCAGUUGUUGAUGAAACUGCUUCAGCAGUGAGAUAUGGAUUCAGAGAACGUGUCUUGGAGUCCCCUAGCAGCACACCUACUUCAGCAGACCAGAACAAUCAUUUUGAUGGCUAUGUGGAUCAACCUUUCUGCCCUAGAAUGGUAAAGGUUGAGUUACCGGUUCGGGUAGAUUUUGCUGGGGGAUGGAGUGAUACCCCUCCAUGGAGCUUAGAGCGUGCUGGUUGUGUUCUGAAUUUGGCAAUAAGUUUGGAAGGUUGCCUUCCAAUUGGCACCAUUAUAGAGACAACAGAAAAGACUGGAGUUUUGAUUAAUGAUGAUGCUGGAAACCAGUUAUAUGUUGAGAAUCUUGUCUCUUUCGCUCCUCCAUUUGAUGGCAACGAUCCAUUCCGGCUCGUCAAAUCUGCGUUGCUGGUGACUGGUUUGGUUCAUGAAAACAUUCUUGUAUCUAUGGGCUUGCAAAUCAAGACAUGGGCUAAUGUACCCCGUGGUAGCGGACUGGGAACUUCUAGCAUACUAGCAGCUGCUGUUGUGAAAGGACUUCUUCAGAUAACAGAUGGAGAUGAAAGUAAUGAAAAUGUUGCUAGACUUGUUUUGGUAUUGGAGCAACUCAUGGGGACAGGAGGUGGCUGGCAGGAUCAAGUUGGAGGUUUGUACCCUGGGAUUAAAUUCACUACAAGUUUCCCUGGAGUACCGUUGCGGCUCCAGGUCAUUCCCCUAUUGGCUUCUCCUCAGUUGAUUUUGGAGUUGCAGCAGAGAUUGCUUGUAGUAUUUACUGGUCAAGUUCGUCUUGCACAUCAAGUCCUACAGAAGGUGGUAACUAGAUAUCUUCAGCGGGAUAACCUUCUUGUAUCCAGCAUUAAGCGCCUCACUGAGCUGGCCAAAAUUGGUAGGGAAGCUUUAAUGAACUGUGAGGUAGAUGAACUAGGUAAGAUAAUGCUCGAGGCCUGGAGGUUGCAUCAAGAACUUGACCCUUACUGUAGCAACGAAUUUGUGGAUAAACUCUUUGCAUUUGCUGACCCCUACUGCUGUGGAUACAAACUUGUCGGUGCUGGUGGCGGGGGCUUUGCUUUGUUACUGGCCAAGAAUGCCGAAUCUGGAAAUGAGCUGAAGAAUAAACUAGAAGAUUCCAGUCUUAAUGUGAAAUUCUACAAUUGGAAGAUCCAUUUAGAUAAUUAGAUUAAACGCAGAUAAUCAGAAAUAUAGUUUUCAUGUAAUGUAAUUCUUACCGCACAGCCUUAUUAUUCUUUCUGUCACAGGGCAUAUAGGCUAUUUGAUACUGUUAGCCUAUGGUUGUCUCAUUGUUGUACACAUUAAGCAGUGCUGCAAACAGAACACAAAAUAUUGGGUAUCCAUUAUAAAAGCUUAAUAGGAUGGAGCAAUAAAGCUGUUUGCAUUACUCUC